GUUCACGAUUUCACCGGCAAAGACCUACACCAACCUCGACAACAUCUCCAUCUCUCAGCAGCCAUGAGCAGCCGGAUGCAAUUAAGCACCAAGCGUAAUGUCUCGAACUUCAGCAGCUGCUCUGUCGGCUCAUAUGGCCCUAAUAGGACCAUACCCCGCACGGGGAACACGUACUUCGGGUUUGGGAACCAGUACGCUAUGGGGUCAUCCAUCAACUCUGUGGUGGUGGACGAGAGGCUCCUGGAGCCUCUGCAGCUUGACCUGGACCCAAACAUUUAUGCAAUCAGAGAGAAGGAGAAGAAUCAGAUCAAGACCCUGAAUGACCGCUUCGCCAUUUUCAUCAACAAGGUGCAACAGCUGGAGAAGCGGAACACGGUUGCUGAGACGAAGCUGCAGCUGUUACAGAACGAACCUCAAAAAGAAUCCAACAUAGAGGCGCUGUUCAAGAUGUACAUCAGCUCUUUACAGGCGCAGCUCAACACUUUGGAGAAUAGCCACCAUUUCCUGAAAGCCGACCUGGAGCGUACUCAAUCGAUGGUCACCGACCAAAAAUCCAAGUAUGAAGAAGAGGUUAACAAGCGAUACGCAGCGGAAAAUGAUUUUGUCUGCAUAAAAAGGGAUUUCGACAGUGCUUACUUGUCCAGAGCUAAUCUGGAAGUAGAACUGUCUUUACUUCAACAAGAAUUGAACUUUCAUAAAUCCUUGUAUGAAGAGGAACUCCAGGAGCUCCAGGAGCAGCUGCAGGAGACCUUGGUGGUGGUUGAGAUUGAUAACUGCAGGCAACUCGACAUGGAGCAGGUGGUGAAGGAGGUGAAGAGGCAGUACGAGGAUGUCUCAGCGCGCAGCCGCCACGAAGUCGAAGCCUGGUACAAGAGAAAGUUCGAGCUGGCAUCGUCACAGGUUGAGCUGCAAGCCGCAGAGACGAAGAGAGCUAAGAGUGAAAUCGACGAGCUAAAGAGACGGAUCGUUAGGCUGCGGGCGGACUUAUCGUCUGCUAAAAUGGAGUUUAAUAACAAAAAGGAGCAGGUCAAGGAGGCGGAGCGUUCUGGUCAGGAGGCGGUGCUUAAGGCUGAGCAGGAAAUUAAAAAACUGGAGGCAGCGCUGCAGAAGAAUAAGCAGAAGAUGGCCAGGCAGGUUUUUGAUUACAAUAACCUGAUGAAUGUCAAACUGGCACUGGACAUUGAGAUCGCCACCUAUAGGAAACUUUUGGAAGGAGAAGAGAACAGAAUUGGUCUAGACUCUGUUGUCUAUGUCCAGACCGUGCCAACCACCACUCACGUUGAUUCUGUGAAAUCUGUCACCUGCGCCAGCCUGAUUGUCAAGACGACCGAGACUCAGGAAAGCAGCUUCAUCGGUGUUCAAGACUAAUUUAGAUAUAUCUUAAAGAAUUAGCUUUUUUCACCCUUUUGUCUAUUUCUUUUAUAUCUUCGGGCAGUAAUAUUGAAAAACCUGACAUCUUUGACAAAUUGUGCUUCCAGCAUUUGAAUGAACCUGCAUGCGAAUGUUUGUGAGAGUGUGUGAUUUUAUCGUAUUUUUUAAAAUGUUAAUCAUCUUCAUACACGCUUACUAUCUUAGUUCUAUUUCUUUACAUUUUCCACAUUCCUGACAUAAUGUCUGAUUGUCUGCUCUCGGGCACAAGGAAAGAGGUGGAGGCAAAAAAAAAAGGUUGCCAGUUUAAUGGGCUAACUAGAGCUAAUACCAGGUUGUAAUAUAUCUGCAAAUAAAUAAAUAAAUAAAUGAAUAAAUAUUCAAAGACCAAAAAUUGUAGCUUUUUUUUUCAGUUGGUUUCGUUAUUGUUUACUCCUGACUACUCCAUUAUACUGACUUCAUGUACACUGUUGCAAAUAAUGUCAUAGAUUUCGCAGCUGAAAUGUUCCGAUAUGGCGACCCCUAGAAUAAAGGGGUUCAGCUCACAUCUAAUUUACCGCACUGGAUUUUUCCUAAGCUUUUGUUUACCAUCUACUUCAAUUCUAAUUAUCCACAGGUACUCUCAUCCCAGUUACAGGGACAGGUUACAAAGAUCCAUGUAUGCAAACCAAAGAUGUAUAAAUGUCAAAAAAAAAAUUCUUUGUGCAAGCAUAAAUAAAUAAAUAAAUAUUAUAUAAUUCAUUUAA